AUGAGGUUCUUUUCAUCAUCAUAUACCUUCGACUACUCGUGGGAAGAAGUCAGCACCAAUAACUGGCGGAAGUACUGCCCCUGGAACGACAAAGCAGAGCAUGUUAUCGCCGUGGAUACGAUAUCGAGAGGAAUCGAUUCCGCCACCGGUAUCCUGAGAACCGAGCGACUUAUUACCUGCAAGCAGAAUGCACCGCAGUGGAUUCUGUCCAUUCUUGGUGGCGAGACGACGAGCUACGUCUACGAAAUCAGCUAUGUGGAUCCCAAAGAGAAGAAGGUCACAAUGUGCAGCACCAACAUGACCUGGUCGAACCUUUUACAAUGUCGAGAAACGGUCGUCUAUUCACCUAACAAGACUACGGGCAAGACCGACUUCGACCAAACUGCAAGAAUUGUUGCCCUGUGCGGAGGGUGGCAAAAGAUUCGAAGCAAGAUCGAAGAUGUGAGCGUCGAACGAUUUCGUGAGAACGCUGCACGCGGCCGCGAAGGGUUCGAGGCGGUUCUGGAGAUGUCGAGACAGCUAUUUGCUGAGGAGCGAGAGAAGCUGAGACUAGGCCAACCUCUGACAGCAUAG